CCCUUUGAGCACAUGCCCACCUCCUCCUCCCAUGCUGCCAAGUGUUUGUCCAUCUGAUCCUCCAUUACACCUGAUGAUUGGGGAUUUGCCUGCUUUGAAACCGCUGAUUUUCAACGAUGAGGGGGGCUGAGGGAGGCUGAUGGAUCCAGCCAUGCUGCCGAUCAUCAGGCAGACACUUCUGGACAUCAGAUUAUUUGGAAAUGUCCUGAAGGUGCAGGAACUUCCGAUUUUCUGAAAUAAAAUGCAGAUAUAAUGGGCGAAGGUGCAGAGGAAAGCAAAUCUUAUGAAGUGAAGUGAAGUGGCUUUCAAUGACAUCAGGGUGCAUGCAGCAGCUCUGAAAAGCGUCCAGAGUGAGCGGGGCUGCUGGAUGAGUGGGGGCUGUGAGAUGCGGGGCUUGCAUGCGGCGUCACGCAGAGUCGAUCAUUGUCUCUCUCACACUUUCUAACAAGCCAUUUCACAACAUCCAGGCAGCGGAUCUGGCUUCCCAGCAGCGACUGCAGCAGCCCUCAGGGCUCCUCUCUCCACUCGUCGACGACCACAACUAAACAGUUAAGAUUCUGCACGCGGAUCGAGACCAAUCACUGGACCUCAUCUAUGAAAGUGACUCCUUUCUGAUCGGCGGAAGGAGUUAGAGAAAUGGCAGAUGAGAUCCGACUCCACCGGCUGAGAGAAGAAGUGGAUCUUUGAGGAGAAGGGGGAUCACUUUGAUUUGCGCGCACUUGGAGAGUUGGAGGAGCUGAUCAUGCACAGACAGGCGGAUGUUCAGACCAGAAAACCACUGAGCAGAUUUUCGAGGGGGAAUAUUUAAUUUUUCUGACUCCUCUCGCUCCUGAUUGCUCUCCUCCUCCGGGUUCCUGCAGGACUUUCAAAGCCGCCGAGAGCCCAUGCAGUCACCAAGGGAGAGGAGUAAAGUGCGACCCCGAGCUGGAUGGAUGGUUAUGGGGAAAAGAGGGAGACCCUCGGUGCUUGAAGUGUGCAGAGUCCUGGCUGUUCUUGUCUCACUUUUUCCAACCGUGAGUCUGCAGUGCAAGAUCCUCAAGUGUAAUUCUGAAUUAUGGGCCUCUACCUCAAAAACUGGUCCAGAGGAAGAUUUCUGCAUCGCGCUUCGGGCGUACGACAACUGUGUGCGCCGGACGGCACGCACCUGUAGGGGCGACUUGACGUAUCACUCCGCCCAACAUGGCAUAGGGGAUCUAAUGAGCCAACACAACUGCUCCAAGGAAGAACCCACUUCCCAGCCACGGGCCCGGACCCCGCUCCCUCCUCCCCCACCUCCCCCGGUCCUGACCAGCCAGGAGCCCUCCAGUGGCCCCGAAGGCUGCCACUAUGAGCACAGUCUUCCACGCAACGCGCCACCCUCCAACUACACGCACUGUGGCUUCUUUGGAGUCCCGCACCUCCGAACGUUCGGUGACGACUUUCAAACGUGCAAAGUGGAAGGAGCUUGGCCGCUCAUCCACAACAAAUACCUGUCUGUCCAGGUGACCAAUUCACCUGUGGUUCCAGGCUCUUUAGCCACCGCCACCACCAAGCUGACCAUCAUCUUUAAGAACUUCCAGCAAUGUGUGGACCAGAAGAUGUACCACGCAGAGACAGACCAGCUGCCAUCUGCGUUCGCAGACGGCUCCAAGAAUGGGGGUGACCGGCACGGAGCAAACGCUCUCCAGGUCGUGGAGAAGGUUCUGGGUCAGCACGUGGAGAUUCACGCCCGGUACAUCGGGACAACCAUCGUGGUCCGGCAGGUGGGCCGCUACCUCACGUUUGCCGUGCGGAUGCCAGAGGAGGUGGUGAACUCGGUGGAGGAAGGAGACAACCAGGACUUGUACCUGUGUUUGCACGGCUGUCCGACCAACCAGCGGAUUGACUUGGAAAGUUUCCGGGCCCGGGCGGGCUCCAGGACCAGCGCCGGGCCUCGGGGCUUCACCUACCAGUCUGCAAAAGCCAAGUGCAAAGAGCGGCUACCGGUUGAGGACGUGUACUUCCAGUCUUGCGUGUUUGACCUCCUGUCCUCCGGAGACAUAAACUUCACCAUGGCAGCUUUCUACGCAUUUGAGGAUGUAAAGAUGCUCCACUCCAACAGUAACAGACAUCACUUAUUUAAAGGAAAAGCUGGUCGUGCUUUGAGCAGAGCAUCCGGAAGGAGCAACGGUUUGCUUUCCGUUUUUCUCCUCAACUUUAUUGUGCUGUUGUGGACUGGAUGUUUCACAAUUCAUCUAUAGUGUGUUUAUCAGCAGCUUUGUGUUGUGUCAGUGAGUGUUAGAAUCGUUGUGUUGACCUGCAGCUCCUUACGGUCACCCCAGCCACGAGUCCUGUCUUAAAGAGACUGUUUGUUCUGACGUCAGCUUCACGGGUCCACUGCUGUCAUUACCUCCAUUCAGCUGGUUUUUGAGGAGAACGGCAGCGAAAGAGCAUCCACAGAGCUCAGGAUAUCAACCGGGAAUUCAAUUCCAUAUUCACGAAAAGGCCGGACGAGAUGAUCUUCUGCAGGAAGAGAUGUUCGCUGAUCCUCCCUCUCCUGAUCCGCACAUUGGUGCCAAGCCAGCGACGCUUUCUGUGGUUCAUGUGGCAAAGCAGGAGGACCUGACGGGGGCCUUUGUUAACCUUCGGCCAGAAGCAGCUCUGUGUUUGAUUAGUUUCCAGCUUUGGAGAAGCUGGAGCCCUUUGGAGGAAGCAUCCAGCCAAAAGUAUGUCAGAACAGCGUCUCCAGUUGUCUGCAAUGAAGAUUAAUGGGUUAUAUUGGAAGGUUUGUGUGUGUGUGUGUGUGCGCGCAUUAGUACAAUAUGUGCAGAAUCCAGCAUCUGUGGUUAAUUUUGAGUGUUUGUGGGUGCAGGAGUUUCCAGAAAUGAGAUGAGAAGGGGAAAAAAAGAAAAGGAGGAGAGGAAAAACACUCCGGUGGGAAAAAUAUUUCCCGUGAUUUUUUUAUGUUGCACCCAAACUUUCAGAAAUGGAAAAGAUGAGGAUCUUCACUGGAUUCAAGGGAGCUCCAUCAGGGACUUGUGCGGAUGCGCCUAGAUCUCAGCUUCAGUGAUCACAGAAGCUCCUGGGCCGAUCAGGGUUUCUCUCAGAAGAACAAACUAAAGGCUUGUGGCGUGUUUUCACAACAUACUAUAGAUCAACAAAGCGGUUUCAAAUCUCCGCUCAACAGUCAUGUAGAUACUGUUAACGCCAUUUGGGUGUCUUAUUUAGCCAGUUAAGCAUUUAGAGAUUGUGCUAACGUUCCAGCAUCUUAGGGAGAAAAUGAUUAGCAUAUGUGUUCAGAUGUGAUUUCAUGGCUUAAGUCGUUGCCAAAGAACACCUUCCUGUGCCAACAUUUGCCUGACGACAGACUUAACUCGUAAACUAAGAACGCAUCCAUUUUUUGGAUCUCUGUCAGACAAACUAGGUUUUUUGCGGACCGUGGACAGACUCCAGCCCUCCAGGGCCUACAUGUUUUCCAACUAACCUGCAAUUGAAGCUCCUCAUUGGCUAAUCACACCUGAGGCAGGUCAUCUGCAGCAGAUGAGGCAGAAUUUCUGAAAACCAGCAGGUUGGCCCUCGAGGCCUGGAGUGUGUGACCCCUGCAUACAGUGAGGUGCAGCGCUUGUGUUCUGGGGCUUCUGUGUGUGUGCCGUCCCUGCAGUCAUUUCUUCUUUACACUGAAGUGUGUGGCAGGCCUUACUACUGCUUUGAAAUAUGUAUACGUGCAGUUUGAUGACGAUAGACAAAAAAAACCCUUCAAAAACAAUUGUGGCGUUGACUCUUGUUUAUAGAUGUAAAUUGUGUUGUGUGUUUGUAUCAUACGAUUGUAAAUAGGUAGUGUGUAUCACCAGAUGUGUUUUGAAACGUAUCACUCGAGAUGUUUUGAAGAAUGUGAGCCUUUGUUCUUUCAGGAUAUAUAUAUGUAUUUUUUUAACAAACAUGAACUUCACAGAAGUCGUCACUUCAGCGCAUCUUUUUGUCGUCAUGGAAGUGAUUCAGAGUUACACAGGUUACCACAACUCACCUUCCAGAGACCAGAAUGUAGGAAAAUGUUCUGCGGUGUUUGUUUUCACUUUGAAGCACUUUACGUUCUUUUAUUUUGUUACAUUUAGCUCUUCUUUUGAUUUACCUUGUGAUGGUUAUGAAUAGGAUUUAAAAAAAAAUAGCUGGAUGGGAGAAAAAAAACUACUCAAACCAUGUUGUAUGUAAAUCUAAUGUGGUCCCACACCAGCUGUUUACAAUGUAAGUUAUUUAUUGAAUAAAAGACAAAUUCUUGUUAUGAA